AAAUGUUGAAAUUUUUUACCCCCACACUCGAUCUAUGAAGUAUUAGACAAUGAUAUGAAAUUAGGCUAAUCUGCCUUUAUUUGUACACGAUAAUCUGAACUAAAGUCUUGAUAUGACCAUUGACAUAUGGGUUAUAAAUUUUCAUAGUUUGAUCACACCAUAUCCAUUUUAAAUUCCUGGAAAUUCCAGCAACAAUACAUGUUGUCAUGGGUACGACACACAUUUUCUUUAUUGAAAAGUAUCACGACACCAACGUUGAAACUGCAAAGGGCUUUAAUGGCGAACCCGCUGGGUUGAUACAUAACCUAUGUGUGAUGAACAUACGUGGGAUCUAAUGAUCACUUGGAGGGUCGACUGGCAGAAGACGGUAUUUUAUACUACACACAUCUUUACUUCGUCGUUCGCCCUUCGAGGUUUCUCGACAAGCUACAGUUUAUCUACAAGCUACAUCUACACCAGGAAUACAUCACAUCCCAGCAAUAUCACCACAACCACAUCGUGCAAGUUUAGUUACUUUGGCCUGUUUUCGGUUCUUGUUUUCAUCGUGCUUUUGGUUAUUAUUUUCAAUGUGCCCUGCACCAUCAUUUGCUUGACUGCAAAGCCACCUAUUGAGAUGUCUCACAAGUCUGCUAUUCUAGCUGGUCAGCUUAUCAAAUACUCCGCUCUCUGCUACUGUGGAGCAUACUGUGUCUCGGAAUAUAUCUUUGAUUUCACAUUGUGCACUGGUCCGUCUAUGCUUCCAACAAUCCAGGAAAGAGACAUCGUUUUGACUGAACAUAUCAGCACACGGUUUUUCUUCAACAUCAAGAGGGGUGACAUUGUGAUCUUCAAAUCUCCCUCAGACCCGAAGCAGUUCUUGUGUAAAAGAGUUCAAGGUUUAGAAAGUGAUGAAAUACCAGAAGAGACUUCAUGGAAAUUUCUCAAGACCACAAAAUAUGUUCCACGAGGUCAUGUGUGGCUUCAAGGUGAUAAUAUAAAUAAUUCAACUGAUUCCAGAGAAUUUGGACCUGUACCCAUUGGUCUUAUCCGGGGCAGAGCUGUAUGUAGGGUUUGGCCUUGGAGUAGUAUGGGUUGGCUAGAAAGGUGACUUCCUGCCAUUUAUUUUGAUCCUGAGGCCAGAAUCACUUGGGCAUAAUUUUAAGAUGAGUCUGAAGAUAACUUCUAGCAAGGUGAAUCUAGUCUGGUUUGGUUCUGUGAUAUCAGUGAACAAACAGAAGAUACACCCUGUAACCUUGUGAUGUGAUGAAAAUGCUGAAAGUAUGGGCUAGAUUCAUUGAAAUGAGUAUGAAUAGAAUAUUUACAGGAUUGCUAGUCUACUGAUAGACAUGUGACCUUGUGCUCUACAUCAUUUGACCAACUAGAACUUACAUUUCACAAGUUUUUGUGGCAUGAAUAAGCUGGAAUCACCAAAAUAUCAUCCAAGCUGUGCCUGAAAAGAACUUUAUGGAAUGAGAUGAUUUUUAGCUAAUGAAACCAAGAUUUAUUUUGUUCAAAAUGUCACAUCAAGUGGAACCAAUUACAUACAAGGGACUCCUUUAAUAGAUACUUAAUGUAUCGACCAAUCUCUUUUUAAUAGAACCUCAUAAUCAUUGAGGCAAUUUCUAUCAAGUUGCAUCUAGUCUUGAUAGAAAUUGCUUCAAUCUAUGAUUAUGAGGUUCUAUUAAAAAGUGCAUGAAUGUUCUUCUGUUUGUUUGGAGUCAAUCAGACAGUGAAAACCAUUGUAGGACCAUGCCAAUCAGUCCAAUGUAAAUCUUCAUUUUUUUUGUUCUUUUGUAACAUAUGAAAAUAGCGCAAUACUAUCAGAGUGAAAUGUUGGUUUUAUUGUAGCAUUCUUUGUAAAAUUUGUCUAUAGCUAUUAUUUCCUAAUAAAAUGAAAAUAUCUAAAGUAAUUCCAGUUUUCAAAUGUGGUGCUAAUAAUGAUGUAAUUGCAGACCCAUAUCUGUUCUCCAUGUCUUUUCUAAAAUUCUUGAAAAGUGUUUUUACUUCAGGCUAUAUGACUUUCUUGAAAAAUGUUAUAUCAUUUCAGAACAUCGGUAUGGCUUUAGACCAGGGCAUUCCACGUCUUCUGCACUUCUUGAGUUUAUCCAUAAAGUUAGCAAUUGUUUUAUUAAGAAAAAAAUUAUGUUGGGUUUAUUGAUUUGUCAAAGGCCUUUGAUACUCUUGAUCAUUUUAUUUUGUUACACACAAACUCAGUAAUUAUGGUAUAAGGGGUGUGUUAUAAGAUUGGUGUCAAAGCUAUUUAAUUGAUGGCCCUCAAAAGUUCUACAACCAAGAA